AUGAGACCCGGAGAGGAGCCGCCGGCGGCGGGGGGCGCCCCCGAGCUGGAGCUGCUGGAGCUGCUGGAGCAGCUGAAGCUGCGCGCCGCGGAGCGCAUCGACGAGGCGGCGGGGCGGCUGGGCGCGCUGAGCCGCGCCAUCUGGAGCGAGCCCGAGCUGGCCUACGCGGAGCACCGCGCGCACGGGCUGCUGACGCGCUUCUUCCAGGGCGAGCCGCCCGCCGCCGCCUGGGCGGUGCAGCCGCACUACGCGCUGCCCACGGCCUUCCGCGCCGAGUGGGCGCCGCCGGGGGCCGCGUCCGCAGCCAGCCCGCUGCAGCUGGGCUUCCUCUGCGAGUACGACGCGCUGCCGGGCAUCGGGCACGCCUGCGGCCACAACCUCAUCGCCGAGGUCGGGGCGGCGGCCGCGCUGGGCGUGCAGGGCGCCCUGGAGAGCCUCCCCGGGCCGCCGCCGCCCGUGAAGGUCAUUGUCCUGGGAACCCCUGCAGAAGAAGAAGGUGGUGGCAAGAUUGAUUUAAUUGAAGCCGGGGCUUUUAAAAACCUUGAUGUUGUUUUUAUGGCCCAUCCAUCCCAAGAGAAUGCUGCUUAUCUCCCUGAUGUGGCUGAACAUGAUGUAACUGUGAAAUACUUUGGAAAAGCGUCUCACGCUGCUGCUUACCCCUGGGAGGGAGUAAACGCAUUAGAUGCUGCUGUUCUCGCCUACAACAAUCUGUCUGUGUUAAGACAGCAAAUGAAACCAACCUGGAGAGUUCAUGGUAUAAUAAAACAUGGUGGUGUAAAGCCCAAUAUCAUUCCCUCUUAUUCUGAAUUAAUCUAUUACUUCCGUGCACCCUCAAUGAAAGAGCUUCCAGUUUUGACCAAAAAGGCAGAAGAUUGCUUCAGAGCUGCAGCUUGGGCUACUGGGUGCACAGUAGAAAUCAAAGGUGGAGCACAUGAUUAUUACAAUGUCCUUCCCAAUAAGAGCCUAUGGAAAGCUUAUAUUGAAAACGGGGAAAAGCUGGGAAUAGAAUUCAUUUCAGAAGAUGAUCCAGUUUUGAAUGUAUCUUCAGGAUCUACUGAUUUUGGAAAUGUUAGUUUUGUGGUUCCUGGAAUUCAUCCAUAUUUUUACAUUGGAUCCGAUGCCUUGAAUCAUACAGAACAAUAUACUGAAGCUGCAGGAUCACAAGAAGCUCAAUUCUAUACUUUGCGUACAGCGAAAGCUCUGGCAAUGACUGCGUUGGAUGUUAUUUUUAAACCAGAGUUGUUAGAAAGAAUCAGAGAGGACUUUAAACGGAAACUUCAAGAAGAAGAGUUUUUAAAUAGAGUAGAAUAA